GAUUGCUUCCUCCCGGCAUUCCCCUCGGUUACCGCCGCUGUCGCCGCCGCCGCCGCUGCCGCCGCCGCGGCUUGUGGGAGGGGGAAGGGAAGGCUAUUUGGCUGGUUGAAGGGGGGUGGGGGAAGGAGCGAGCGAGCGGAGCGGGGCGAGCGAAGCGGAGCGAAGGGCGGCCAUGUUGGGAGAGAGGCGGCUGCAGUAGUCGGCGGAGCGGGCCGGGGCCGAGGCCAGGAGGGCCAAUUUGUAGUGGGACGGAGUUGGGGGUGGUAGAGGAGCGGCGGCAGCAGCGGCGGCAGCGGAUCGACCUCUCUAAGGAUCCUGCCCGGGCUCCGGGGGCGGCGGGGGCCGGGGCGGCGCCAUGAGUGGAGGGACCCCCUACAUCGGCAGCAAGAUCAGCCUUAUCUCCAAGGCGGAGAUCCGCUACGAGGGCAUCCUAUACACCAUCGACACGGAGAACUCCACUGUGGCCCUCGCCAAAGUUCGUUCCUUUGGUACAGAAGACAGACCAACAGAUCGACCAAUACCACCUCGUGAUGAAGUUUUUGAAUACAUUAUCUUCCGUGGAAGUGACAUUAAAGACCUCACUGUUUGUGAACCACCAAAACCACAGUGCUCUUUGCCUCAGGACCCAGCUAUUGUUCAGUCUUCACUAGGAUCAUCUACUUCUUCAUUCCAGUCAGUGGGUUCCUAUGGUCCUUUUGGUAGGAUGCCAGCAUAUAGUCAGUUCAGCCCAAGUCCAUUAGUCGGGCAGCAGUUUGGUGCUGUUGGUGUUGCUGGUAGCUCCCUGACAUCUUUUGGGACAGAAACAACAGCCAGUGCUGCCUUAUCCCAGAGCAGUGCAGUCGGGUCUGCCUUUACACAGGAUGCAAGGUCUUCAAAAACACAGCCAUCCCAAGGUCGUUCAAGCCCUCAGUUAGACCCUUUGAGAAAAAGCCCAACCAUGGAACAAGCAGUACAGACCGCCUCGGCCCACUUACCUGCUCCAGCACCUGUUGGGAGAAGGAGCCCUGUAUCAGCCAGACCUUUGCCAUCUACCAGCCAAAAAGCAAUAGAGAAUCAAGAGCACAGGCGAGCUGAAGCACACAAAAUUUCCAGACCAGAAAAUGAACAAAUCAGAAAUGAAAACAAGAGACAAGCAAUUCCAGGUGGCCCUUCAGCACCUCGAAGAGGACGAGGAGGUCAUCGUGGUGGCAGGGGAAGAUUUGGAAUUCGGCGGGAUGGCCCAAUGAAAUUUGAGAAAGACUUUGACUUUGAAAGUGCUAAUGCACAAUUUAACAAGGAGGAAAUUGACAGAGAAUUUCAUAAUAAACUUAAAUUAAAAGAAGAUAAACUUGAAAAACAGGAGAAGCCUGUAAAUGGUGAAGAUAAAGGUGAUUCAGGAGUAGACACCCAAAACAGUGAAGGAAAUGCUGAUGAAGAGGAUCCCCUUGGACCCAAUUGCUAUUAUGACAAAACUAAGUCAUUCUUUGAUAACAUCUCCUGUGAUGAUAAUAGAGAAAGAAGACCAACUUGGGCAGAGGAAAGAAGACUAAAUGCUGAAACAUUUGGAAUUCCCCUCCGUCCAAAUCGUGGCCGGGGAGGUUACCGAGGUAGAGGAGGAAUUGGUUUCCGUGGUGGCCGAGGUCGUGGGGGUGGAAGAGGUGGUAGCUUUGCCACUCCUCGAGGAUUUCGUGGUGGAUUCAGAGGUGGCCGAGGGGGAAGGGAAUUUGCAGAUUUUGAAUAUAGGAAAGACAACAAAGUUGCUGCAUAGUCUACGGGAAAGUCUUGGAACUAGGUGAAUGUCUAUCUAGGUCUUCAUGGUCCAGAGAAUUAGCUUCCAUCCUUGAAAAGAAUGAAGAAGUGAAUUUGCUGUAUACUUGUCACCAGCACUGGGGUUUCACUGCUUAAUUUCAAAGGGUAUAAUGCAGUUACUUUUUGAAAAAAUGGCCAUCUUCAGAAAUGUUGAGCAUUAAAUAUAUUUGGAAUAGCAGAAGGAUAAGUAAUUUCUUAUGUAUAGUUAAACACAAACUAAAACAGUACUUCGAUGGAUCUUAUAAGUAUUUUUUCAUCACUGAGAGGAUUUUUCUUAUCACUAAAUUGUAUUUGAUAAUUACUGCAAGUUACCUGCAGAUGGGGCCGUGAUACUGUGAGUGUUUUGAGCCACAGAAGGUAGUUUUUUUGGGAAAUCCUGUAAUAUCCCUUAUGAGGUAGCUUAUUUCGUCAACUAAUUAGGGUGCUGGAUGGUAGAGAAUUUUCUUUGUCAGUCAACUAUGUACACACAGUAAAUACUGUUUCUUAGGCAAAGGUACCUUUUUUAUAUAGUUGUAAAAUUCCAUUAUAUCCCAUUGCCAAAGAAACAUUAAGAACUUUGUAUAGCUGUAUAAAAAGCAACUAAUUUUUUAAAGAAUAAACAUUUUUAAGUCAGCAAACAUACUGUGUUAUUGCAAAAGUUGAUAUGCUAAGGAACAGAGUUAAUAGUUGGUUUUUUUCUUAGCUUUUCAGGCUUUAAAUUUGUUUGAUUUUUAUAUUUGAAAUAUAAAUGAAGAUUUGGUAUGUUCUUCCAUUAUAUAAAAGAGGAUAAAUUCUUCAUUUUCACUUGCAAGAACUUCAUUUUGUAGCUUAUGGCAUAUCACAGGAUUUGUCCAAAUAAAGAAGAUCUUCAAGAUAUAAGGACAUGAAUAAUCAUAGAUCAGAAUGCACUUAGCUUUACUUGCUGAUAAAUAAUAACUUUUUUAGAAAAUUCUAGGCAUCAGUUAUUUCUGAUAUGCCUGGGCUUAAAAAAAAAAGACUGUCAGUUCUUAAAAUUGUCUUUGUUGUGAUACUUGUAGACCCAUUCCAUUGGAUUGAAAGAACAUUCUGAGUGUUGAAAGUUGCUGCAUUUUGAUAGCCCUUAGGACAUUACAGUACUGGUCCUUAGACCAGUGAACCUCAAGCAACUCAGUAUGGAGUUCAUUGCCAAUUAAAAAUUACUAGUAAAUCUUUUUGAUAUGUUUAAGUUAUAAUGGAAAAAAUGAAAUCUGGCCAUUCAGGUGUUUUUAUGGAGGCCACAGGAAUAAAGGGAUCCAAAGAUUAAAAUGUUUUUAUCUAAUUUGCUGAUUUUGUUAACUUUAUCCUCAAAAUGUUCAAUAGUGAUAAAGAAGUGGAGAACUGCACUGUAGGAAAGAAAGUGGGAGUAUUUAAAGGUGGUUGAUAUUCUUAUCUUAAUUUUAAUUUUAUAUCUUUUGUAUAGCACUACAAAGGAAGUAUUUUGUAAUUUGGUUUCCUUAUUAAGGUCCAGUAUUUGGCAGCCAUAGUUGAGAUAAUAUUGUUUAGUACUGUUUGUUUGCAUGUUACCAACACAACCUUUUUGAGGACCCAUAAAUCAUGACACUGAACAACUUUUGGGGUUUUUGAACAUAAAGACAAGUGCUGUACUGUUGCAAUAACUAUGUAGACUGUCUGAGACGUCCCAGGCUUAUUUAAACAAGAGAAAUUGUAAAUAAUACCAGUGAUACAUGCUGUGAAGGUAUGAAUUGGUGCGUCUCCCUAGCCUUUUGGGUUAAUGAGUGGGGUAUUUUGUACCCUAAUAACUAGCAGCAUGGCAUACCUGCAGUGUACCUUGCAACAUUAAAGCAAGGUUUUUAUUCUAAGGCAGAAUAAAACUGUUCAAUAAAAAAUGUGAAAGUUGUUUCUCCUUUCAACAUUAUUAUUUUCUGAACAGCAACAUGUGAAGUGAAACAAAAUAAUUUCAGUGUCACAUUAUUUAUCCUUUCAAAUGUCUUGAUUUUCCCCAAACAAUCUUGAUUUAUAGCAAAACUGCUGAAUCUUUCUGUUUUAUCUUGUUGUACCAAGUGCAUGUAGAUAUGGCCUUAAAAAACAGGGUUUUGGUGGCUUUUUACUUUGAUUUCUACAGACAUUUCUGAAAUCUAAUUGAUGUUUUAAAUUAUAGAUUAUAUUCAUAAAAUAGGAAUUUUGAACUGGAAGACAACAGCUUACAUAGCACAUGUCUGAUCUCUUCCCCCACUUUGCCAAAUUCUGGUGAGUUCUGUACUGUUUUAUGGUUCCCUUUUCAAUCCUCAUGGCCCUAUUUGGUGUCUAGGUCGUGGAAGGAAAGCACUAAGAAACAGGGCAGGGUCCACAUUGUGUUAUCUUUAUUAGAAUCACAGAGUGGCCUUAAAGUUGACCUCGGGGUACAGCCAUUGUCAGUUUCUUGGUCUAGUCUACUUUCCACUUGAUUCCUUAAGCUUCCUUUUGACAAAUAUCCUGUUUUUAAUAGGUCAGUAAAUGAAGAAGCCAUAGAGAUGGAAAUGCCUCUCCAGCCUAUGUUUGUAUCCUGAUAGGUUCCUAAAAGGUGGUAGCUUGGCUGCCACUGUUCUACCCCCAAUCAUAGAAUUAUAUUUGGAGUUUGUAAAAUGUGGGCUGCACUCAGUAAGCUUUUUGUUUUGUGUAAGAUUCAUAUUCUCUUGUGGCUUCUUUUCAUGUUUAAUUUUAGCUUUAGAAUUAGAUGAGGAAAACUGGCAUAUCAUACAUAGUGUUGAAAGUUUGAUGUUUGCCUUAUAGAAAGAGGGAAUAGGGACAAGAAAAAUGUAAAAAAUGUAAAAAAAAAAAAAAUUAGUCUUUCAGGGAUUAUUAGUUAGUGAAUAUUAGAGGCUUUGAUAAAUAUAAUCUUGCCCUGGAACAAAUUUAACCAUCAUUCUCUUUAGUGCUUCCUUCUUGUUUGAAACAUUAAGAAUGUAGGAGUGAGUAACCAGGACAAUUGAAUAAAGUAAGAAAAAUUAUGUAGCACUAAUGGCCUGAAAAUAUAAACACUUUUAAUAUCUACCUAGACUGAAUAUUUUCAGAGUUCAGUCCAUACACAUACAUAUAUACAUAAGCAAUACUAAUGCCAAUGGGAUAACUUUCUAAUCUAGAAACAUCAAAUAGUAUCCUACACAGAAACAGUAAUUCUUAGUUAUAUGAAACUUAAAUGGGGUUAUCAUUCCCACUCAGAUUAAAGGAGAGUGAUUACAAUUCUCUAGUACUUCAAUGUGGAAAGUUAUAUGAAUAUUUUUAUCUGAACACUGACUCUUCUAUACCCUUAAAUGUCAUUUUAUGUUAGCAGCACCCACUGGAUUUUGAAUUAUGGAUGAAAAUAAAAGUCCAUCAGAAACCUUUUAUGUUGCUUAUGCAGGGAAUCCACUUCAUUUGUGUAUUAUUUGUGGAUCAGAUAUUUAUCCUGUCCCAAACUUAUUAAUAUAGCACAAGAUUUUUUUUAAACUAUAAAAAAAAUUAGCCAUUAAUAAGAUUAGUAUUUUCUUGAAGAAGAAACUAGAAUCGGGACAGAGAGCACAAAAGUUUCUUAGACUAUUGCGAUAGUAACUGGUAUUACUAAAGACCUUUCAGUGGAAAGAACAGUUACUAGAGUAGGAGUCAUAAAACCUGGAGCCGAAUACCAGGUCUCUGAUUAAACAAUUAUUGUAACCAUAGGCAAGUCACUUGAUAUCUCAGGACCUUAUUUUCUCAUCUAUUAAAUGAGAUGGUUGAACUCUGUUGUUUUCCAGCUAAAGAUAUCUUCCUGUUCUUAACAUUCUAUAAAUAAUUGAGUGGUCCACUGAUCUCUUUAAUACUAGUUUUCCUUUUUGAACAUUAAGGUUCUUUGGUCCUAAUUAUGGCUUGAGUUAAAAGUAAAUAUUGAUAAUUCCAGUUUGAGAUUCUAGAAUUUGAAAGUAUUUUAGAAUCAACAGGUGAGAGAAUAUCUAGGAUAAGAGGUAAUUGUUUUUACAAGCGUAUAUCAAUUAAGACUACAAAUAAUAUUAGAGAUACCUUUGGUUUCUAAGGUACCCAUUAUGCUUGUUUGUAUUUCCCAAAACAUGAACAUGGGAUAAGCAUUCAGUUUAAACAAUAGUAAAUAAUUCAAACAAAAGUAAACACCCACCAUGUACCAUGAAGACUUAAUGUUUUUGUUGUUUAAUAAUGUCCUGUUUUUAUGAUUCUGUGGACCAUAGAAUACCAUGUCAUGGGGUUUUCAUGGCAAAGAUAAGUGGUAAUUUGCCAUUUCCUUCUUCAGUAAAUUAAAAUCCUUUAUCCAGGAUCACACAGCUAGUAAAUAUCUGAGGUCAAAUUUGAUCUCAGGUCUUUCUGACUCCAGUCCUAUCUAUCCUUUAAACCAUUUAAACUGCCUCCUAAAGGUAUUCAAAGAACUCAUUUAAAACUUAAUUUAGCUAUAGAAUUUCAGAGUUAGAACUUUAGAAAUAUAAUUCAGUUCCACUUAUUUUGAAUAUGAGAAAGCUGAUGCUUCAGGAAGGGAAAAUGACUUGUCAGGACCAGAACCCAAGUCUCCUCACUCCUGUUGUAAUAUUUUUCAGUACUACAAACUCCUUGAGGGAGAAUGUGUCAAUUAACCUUGCAUUUACUAAGCACCUACUAUGUACUAGGCAUAAGGGUAAAGAGAUAUCUUGUAUUAUAUGGGGAAAGCAACAUAUGUACAUAUAAGUAAAUACAAAAUAAAAGUAAGUAAAAGGUCAUUGGUGGGUGAGCAAGGUUUUAAUGGCUCAGAGAAUAAAAAAAGAUUUUAUGUGAGAGAUGGCAUAUGAACUGACCUUUGAAGAAAAUCAGUGAUUCUAAGAGGCAAGCCAGAAAGGAAUGCAUCUUAAAUAUGAAGUGUACAGAGGCAAUGUAUGGAAUGUUAUCUGUGACUAAGUAUACUGAAGUAUAGGCUGUGUGAAGGGGAAUAAUACACAUUAAGUUUAGAAAGGUAGACUUGCAGGAAUUGAAAUGCCAAAUAUAAGAGAUUGUGUUUUUAUUGGAGAAGCACAGAGUAGCCUUUGAAGCUUUUUUAAUUCACUUGUGCUUUAGGAAUAAUUAUCUCUGGUACAGUGUGGGGAGGGGAGGGAGCACAGAUUGGAGAGAGGAGAGGAAAGAUGUUGACAAUUGAUUUUGCUGUAGGGGAUGAGAGAAUGAAGAAUGAGGAAUUAACAGAAUUUGGGGAUUUUGUUUAGAAGAAGGUUUGAUUUGGGAGAAAAGACAUUCUGUUUUGCACAUGUUAAGGUUGAGAUGACUACAGGCCACUCACACUCAUUUGGAAAUAGCUAAUAAGCAGUCAAUGCUGUGAAUUUGUAGCUCUGGGGAGAAAUUUGGGCUGAUUACAUAAUUUGAGAGUCUUUUCAAAGAGAUGAUAAUUGAAUCAGUAGAAACUGUAGGAAGGAAAAGGCAAAGGGAUCAGUCAGAAGUGGAAACCAAGCUUGACCUGAAAGAAGAAAGAAGACACAAACUAUACCCUAUUGUAUCCCAUUCUACCUCUGAAUAACUGUUUUUUACAUAUAUUAGUUAAUUAGGUAGGUAUUUUUUCCUUUUAAAAAAAAAUUCAUUAUUCUAAUAAUGGGAUGGCCCGUGACUUUGGGAAAUUUAGGUGAUAUAAAGACAAAAUUUCUUUUAAUGAAAAAAUUAAUAGAUGGAGUACCAGAAGCCAAGGGAAGUCAGGUUCACUAUCCACUGUAGAGAAGAACUGGGAAGAUGGAUAAAAGAUGCUUAUUAUUUGGAGAUUAAGAACUCUUUAGAACCCUCUGGGGACUGAAGCCAGAUUCAAAUUUUGAGGGUAGAGAGCUGAUAAUGUGGAAGUGAAGAAUAUAAAAUAUUCUUUCUAGAAGUUGGAUUGAAUUCCUUUCUUGUCUAAAAAGACAAUUAAAAUUAGCAUUUGAAUUACUUGAAUGUUAAAAAUCUGAUUUGAAAUAACUUCUUGAUGUGGUUUAGGUUGUAGCUGUUUCUCCAAGCCUAUACAACUGCGCCUCCCAGUGGGGAAAUGAAACUUUCAUCUGUCUCCCCAAUAUUCGAAGUUCAAUAAAGAUGAAUUUAAACAUUG